UUGGUAUUGUCGAUAGAUUAACAUUCCAAAUUCUGACCGUCAUCGUCACCAACCUCCACGUCUAUGUGAAGAUGAUUCAAUGUCGUUGAGUGGUAGUAGUUAAAUCUUCAAAACCCCGGAGAAUUAUAUAUAUGGGUUUCGUUCAGCAAACCUAACUAAACUCAGAACCAGAAUUCAUAUUUCGGUCGCUCAAAUCACAGCUAUGGCGCUUGAUCCUGAGCAGCAGCAACCAAUCUCCUCUGUUUCCAGAGAGUUUGGUAAGUCAUCUGGUGAGAUCAGCCCAGAAAGGGAGCCUCUUAUUAAAGAGAAUCAUGUCCCAGAAAACUACUCUGUCGUUGCCGCCAUUCUCCCGUUUUUAUUUCCAGCUCUCGGAGGACUGCUUUAUGGUUAUGAAAUUGGUGCAACUUCUUGUGCAACCAUUUCACUUCAGUCGCCUUCAUUAAGUGGAAUUUCAUGGUACAACUUGUCCUCAGUGGAUGUUGGUCUAGUUACCAGUGGCUCACUUUACGGUGCAUUAUUUGGCUCAAUUGUGGCUUUUACUAUCGCUGACGUUAUAGGAAGAAGAAAGGAGCUGAUUUUGGCUGCAUUAUUGUAUCUCGUUGGAGCCCUUGUGACUGCACUAGCCCCAACCUAUUCCGUUCUGAUAAUUGGACGGGUUAUUUAUGGGGUCUCAGUUGGACUGGCAAUGCAUGCGGCUCCGAUGUACAUUGCAGAGACUGCUCCAAGUCCGAUACGUGGACAGCUGGUAUCAUUAAAGGAAUUCUUCAUAGUCCUUGGGAUGGUUGGAGGUUAUGGAAUCGGUAGUCUUACAGUCAAUGUUCAUUCUGGUUGGCGAUACAUGUAUGCAACAAGUGUCCCUUUGGCAGUUAUUAUGGGAAUUGGGAUGUGGUGGCUCCCAGCAUCCCCUAGGUGGCUUUUGUUGCGCGUCAUACAGGGGAAAGGGAAUGUGGAGAACCAACGAGAGGCUGCAAUCAAAUCUCUCUGCUGCCUUAGAGGCCCUGCUUUUGUUGAUUCAGCUGCUGAACAAGUAAAUGAGAUUUUGGCUGAACUAACUUUUGUGGGCGAGGAUAAAGAAGUCACAUUUGGUGAAUUAUUUCAAGGGAAGUGCUUGAAAGCUCUCAUCAUAGGAGGAGGUCUAGUCUUGUUUCAGCAGAUAACUGGACAACCAAGUGUGCUUUAUUAUGCACCAUCAAUACUGCAGACCGCUGGCUUUUCAGCCGCAGGUGAUGCAACAAGGGUCUCAAUUCUACUUGGUCUAUUGAAGUUGAUUAUGACAGGAGUAGCUGUUGUAGUUAUCGACAGACUUGGAAGGAGACCUUUACUUCUUGGUGGAGUUGGUGGCAUGGUUGUUUCAUUAUUCCUGCUGGGGUCAUACUACCUCUUUUUCAGCGCCUCACCAGUUGUUGCUGUAGUUGCACUGCUGCUUUAUGUGGGCUGUUACCAGCUAUCUUUUGGUCCAAUUGGUUGGCUGAUGAUUUCAGAGAUAUUUCCCCUUAAACUAAGAGGUCGAGGUCUCAGUCUAGCAGUGCUUGUGAAUUUUGGUGCAAACGCACUUGUGACAUUUGCGUUUUCACCCCUAAAGGAACUGCUGGGAGCUGGGAUACUGUUUUGUGGGUUUGGUGUGAUAUGUGUAUUGUCUCUGGUAUUCAUAUUCUUCAUUGUGCCAGAGACAAAGGGUCUCACUCUUGAGGAAAUUGAAGCCAAAUGUCUCUAAAAAAGAGGUCUGUUCUUUGCUUAGAAACCACAAAGUCGUGUGCUUCCUCACAUGAUUUUGAUUCAUAUUGUUAAUCAGUGAGGAAAAUAAUAGUGCAGGUUCAGAAACAAAUAAACAUAUGAAUCUGCCGCACAAGACGGGAAAUGAAUCUUCAGAGACCACUAAGUUAUUUGAAGCAAUGUUACUUCAAAGGCUCGGUUGUUUCUAGCAAAAUACAUGUACGAGAAUUCAUAAAUACAGAAAUCUUUGUAAUGAUUAUUAGCGCUCUGAUGAAGUUAGAAAAUAAAAAAAGAAAACAUCAUAGAAGAAUUUAAAUUUGUAGAAUAUGUCCUAACCAGUGAUGUUUCGAAAUCCGAAGGUUUCUCAAAGUUUGUAUUUUUUUUAAACGAUUCCACGAUUCUGCAAUGCUGCAUUAUGAUAUAGAACAUUAUGCUGAAUAGAAGAUAUUUUUCGGGAUUUGUAAGACUUGAUGUGAUAUAGUAUAAUGGAACAUUGUGGUCAAAUACA